AUGGGAGGAGCGUGGCCCGCACUACAUGUCCCUGCGUGCUUUGCGCUCAAGCCCGAAGCUUCCGCUGCGCGGGCUCAGGCUUCUGCCACUGACAACCGAUCCAACCAAUGGAUGCGGGGCAGGAAAGCAGCUAGGACUAAUCACAAUGGAGAGGAUGGAGACUGGCUGAUCCUCCAGGUUCCUUACUCUGUAUUUGAAGGAGAUGCUGUAAUUUUGCAGUGCCAAGGUUGGAAUAAUGCUAAACUCUCCCAGGUUACAUUUCACAAAGAGAGAAAAUUAAUUAACUUCACUAAGGAAAACAAUUCUCUGCCCAUCAAAGCAGCAAGGAUAGAGCACAGUGGCCUGUACAGUUGUAGUGGGAAUGUGAAUCAUCAAAAAAAAAAGCAAAGUUCUAAACCUGUCAUCCUUCAAGUCCAAGAGCUGUUUCCUCAACCUGAGCUGAGAAUCAAAAAUUCUACUGAAACCAUGGAGGGGAGCCCAAUGGCCUUGAGCUGUGAGACCCAACUACCUCUGCAGAGAUCAUCUUCCCAGCUGUACUUCUCCUUCUUUAAAGAUAAUAAGACCAUAAGAGACAGAGACCAGUCCCCAGAAUAUUGCAUCCCAGGAACCAUAAUAGAAGAUGCUGGAUUGUACUGGUGUGAGGCAACCACAGAAGAUGGCCAAGUUCAGAAACAGAGCCUUGGGCUGGAAAUUCAAGUCCCCAGAAGGCGCAGGAACAGCCAGCUGGUACUAGGGAUAACUCUGACCUUGCUAGGUGUGACUGGCAUCUCUACAGCCCUUCUGCUUUGUUUCAGGUUCAUGAAGAAAUCAGAAGGAACUGCUGCCUCUGAUUCUGCCAGGGGCCCUUUCUUCCCAGGAAUUCCAGAAGCCCCUAAGGCCUCCUUAUCACAGGACCUGAAGUCUUGUCCAGUGUAUUUCAAUGUGAGUCAUCAGGAGGAGGAGAGUGGGGAUGUGAUCUAUUCCGUGGUACUUCCCAGGAAGCUGAGAAAGAAAACCUUCUCCAACGACCCAUCCCCAGGGGAGGAGGACAUUUCUGUCAUAUAUUCCAAGGUGGUUUUGCCUCAGAGCCAAAGGCUGUCACCUGGGUAA